AGAAACGGUCAUUAAGAGACAUGCUAAACAUGAUUUCGGUUCCGCAUCUCAAACUUCCAUCCUCGCCAAAUCCUCGCAAAUAUGUUACAUGUUUUGGUAGCCGGAGCUGGCAUAGCUGGAUUAACAGCUGGGAUCGCUCUUCGUCGAGCUGGACAUACUGUACACGUCUACGAGAGAUCGUCCAUGAACGAGGAAGUGGGAGCCGCUAUCAAUCUACCCCCUAACGCUGGACGCCACCUCAUUUCAUGGGGUUUAGAUCCCAUCAAGUGUCGAUUUGUCAAGGCCGAGAGCGUUGUCUGGCUUCAUCCCCAGACACUGAAAACGGUAGCUCGCCAUGAACACGCAAACAAUCUCGAGAAUUAUGGCGCUGAGCUAUGGUAUGCCCACCGAGUUGAUCUGCACGAUGCGUUGAGGCAAAUUGCCACCGAUCAGGAUGGGAUAGGACCACCUGUGACUAUACAUUUGAAGUCAUUCGUCGUGGGCUAUAACACAGAUAUACCAUCCCUUAGUCUCGCCAAUGGAAAAAUUGUUCAAGGUGACCUUAUCAUUGGUGCUGAUGGGCUUCACUCCAUUGCUUGCGAAACAGUUUUAGGCAGAAGAAAUCCACCUGUACAGCCGAAGCAUUACAACUACUGCUACCGGUUCCUCAUACCAGCUAAGGCUCUCGAGGCAGAUCCUGAUACCGAAUGGUUUAAUCAGGACAGCAGAGGCCUGACACGUCUAUUCAUAGACAAUGAAGGUUCAAGGCGGCUUGUGGCUUAUACCUGUCGGGAUAAUACCAUCCACAACCUCGUGGGGAUUUUCUACGACAACGCAGCCAAGAAUGCAACUAGGGAAGAUUAUCUUGCUUCCGUGGAAAAAGAAACCGUGACAGAAAGAUUCAAGGGUUUUAGUCCAAAGAUUAUUGCUGUAAUCAACAAAGCAACGGAGAUUAAACGAUGGCCACUUCUUUAUCGAGCGCCCGUGCCGCGAUGGAGAAAAGGUCACAUGGCGCUGGCUGGUGAUUCAGCCCAUCCUAUGCUACCUCAUCAGGCCCAGGGAGGGGCACAAGGUAUUGAAGAUGGUGUUGCUCUAGGAGUCAUUUUUGAGGGUGCAAAUCCAGAUGAUGUGGAGGAGCGGCUGGACUUAUACGAGAAGGUCCGCCGCGGUAGAGCGAGCGUCAUUCAAAUCCUCAGCAACGUUGGCCAGGACCAGUCGCAUCUUGUCAGGGAGGACUUGAAAGAUUAUUUGGAUGAAAGCCAGAUUCCCACCAAUCCAGCAGAGAACUACUCCUAUAUGUUUGGACACAACGUUGAGAAAGAAGCAGCUGCUUUGAAGCUUAUGAAACUGUCGCAAUGAAAUCUGCCAAAAUGAGGACUGAAACCUACACUGAGGCGUUUCUCUAAGCCCUACCUCGCUAGAUUUCCAGUGUGCACAUGAGGUGAACAGCAAACAUAGUACCAUGACAUCAAUGUCAAAUCAGUUACCAGAGAUUGAGGUCUCCAGAACCUUCUCACUUAUUUACUACAAGCGAUGCAGUC